AUGACUGAACUAGCUUCGAGCUACGCACAAUCCAGCAACUAUGUACGAAAAACGGGUCACACUUUGAAGAAGAAAAAGCAAGUUCCUCCCCCCAAAUAUUUGUGUGUUCCCGGUUCAUUGGCACUUUUGGAUAGGAUUUCAGUUAUUGAUAAAUCUAACUCAUUAUGCAGUGAAAUCAAAUGCUUAUUUCAAAACAAUGAUAUAGAUAUCGAAGUUGAAAAACUGCAAGCGCUCCAGAAUGAUCCCGACCCUAGCGUCGUCCAGUUAGAAAGUGAAUCUAAAGCCAAAUCUUUGAAAAUUGGAAAAUCUCGUCGUCUAUUAAGGAAAGAACUGAAACACGAAUGGUUAAAAGUUUCGGAUUGCCGUGUUUUCUGGUCUCACAUAUUGCUGGGUUCAAAUGAGAUUAUUCGAUGUUUAGAGAGUUCUGUGUGCAAUAAAAGUGAAAAUAGCCAGGAAACUCAAGGAAGGAGGAUAUCAUGCGUUUUCGUUGAUUCUGGUUGGCUGGCAUCACAUUAUGGUCACCAUUUGGCGAACUUGUGUACUCUGUUGGAUAUUAGAUUAGUGGCAAUAAAACCGACAGGAUCACUACCUGAGUUAGUUACAACUGAGUUUAAACCUGUAAAAAAGCUGGCAGUUUUGGGGUUUUGCCUAUCUAAUGAGAUUCCAUCAGAUCUCUCUGACAUUUGUAAACAAAUCGAGAUCAAGUUUCCUACACUUGGUGAUAACACUAGUAGCAUUGCAGCUCCAAUGUACAUUAAAAAACGCGAGACUUCAUAUAAAAUGGCUAUUAAUUGUUCAAAAGCCUCUUCAUUAGUCGAGAAAAAAGAAAGUUGGGAGGAUGUUCAAAUUAGUUCAAAAUUAUAUGAUUAUAGUUCACCACCCCAUAAAUUUACUAUCACUGAAUUUCAGUCAUACCUAUCUUCUCUCAUUCUUCAGUCAUUUGAAAGUGAAAUUGUUCAUGGUAUGCUUGAUAGUGACAAUCAAUCUAACUUUGAAUACAGUUAUGGCUUUUGUGCAUAUAAACCACCUGUGUUAAAACAGGUUGUCGCUCGAACAGAACGUAAAACACGAAAGCGAAAAACGUUUGCAUCUGCCAAUUUUCAGCCAAAAACUCCAGUAGAAAAAAAGACAAACAAUGAUACAUGCGAUAAGGUGAAUGAUCAGCGUUGUUUCACACAAAUAGUUGUUUAA